AUGUCUCUCGCGUUCCACUCGACAAAACAUGCCUUCUUAGGCGCGUUCGCAACAAGCGUUACGCUUUCAUUCCAAACGCCGACCCCUGCCACAGAACACUGCUCGCACCCCACCCCCACUCUGGCGUCACGCCGUUCGCGAACGCAUUCACUCCUUAUAAAGAACGCGAUGUCAGUGCAAAGCCUUCUCUCCGUUUCGGGCUCUCGAGUCUCGGGAAACUCUGUGCGCACGCAAAACGUGAUGGCGGCGGCCGCGAUCGCCAACGUGGUCAAGUCGUCGCUCGGACCGAUCGGAUUGGACAAAAUGCUGGUCGACGACAUCGGGGACGUGACCAUCACCAAUGACGGCGCCACCAUUCUGGGCCUGUUGGAAGUGGAGCACCCGGCGGCCAAAGUGCUCGUCGAUUUGGCGCAACUCCAGGACCAGGAAGUGGGCGACGGCACCACUAGUGUGGUGAUGAUAGCGGCGGAGUUGUUGCGCAACGCGGACCAAUUGGUGCAGAACAAGAUCCACCCGACCUCCGUGAUCGCCGGCUACCGCCUCGCGUGCAAAGAGGCCGUCAAAUACAUCAACGAGAACCUGACGCUCGGCAGCGACGAGUUGGGCGCCGAAUGCGUGCUCAACGCCGCCAAGACGUCCCUCGCGUCGAAGCUCAUCGGAUCCGACGCCGACUUCUUCGCGCAGAUGGUGGUCGACGCGGUGAACAUCGUGCGCACGAGCGACGGCAAGGGCGGCCAUUGUUACCCCAUCAAGGCCAUCCGCGUGUUGAAGGCCAACGGGAAGUCGACGCGCGAGUCGCAGCUCGUGCGGGGCUUCGCGCUCAACUGCAUGAUCGCCACUCAAGGAAUGCCGAAGCGCGUGACGGGCGCGAAGAUCGCUCUGUUGGACUUCUCGCUGCAGAAGGCGAAGUUGAAGCUGGGCGUGCAGGUGCUGGUGGACAAGCCCGAGAACCUGGAGGCCAUCCGCCAGCGCGAGCAGGACAUCACGAAGGAGCGGCUGCAGAAGAUCCUGGCGGCGGGCGCCAACGUGAUCCUGACCAGUGGCGCCGUCGACGAGUUGUGUCAGAAGUACUGCGUGGAGGCGCGCGUCAUGGCUGUGCGCAGGUGCCGCCGCGUCGACCUGAAGCGCAUCGCGAAGGCCACUGGGGGGACAUUGUUGCUCUCGUUGGCCAACAUGGAGGGCGAGGAGUCGUUCGACGCCUCCUUAUUGGGCGAGGCCGAGGAGGUGGCGCAGGAGCGCGUGUCCGACGACGAGCUCAUCCUCAUCAAGGGGCCGAAGAACGGCAACUCGGCGUCCAUCGUGUUGCGCGGCGCCAACGAGUUCUUUCUGGACGAGAUGGAGCGCUCGCUCCACGACUCGGUGUGUGUCGUGAAGCGCGUGCUCGAGUCCAAGCGCGUGGUGCCGGGCGGCGGCGCAGUCGAGGCCGCGCUCUCCGUCUAUCUGGAGACGUUCGCCACGACCAUCGCCUCAAGGGAACAGCUGGCCAUCGCCGAGUUCGCGCACUCCCUCCUCGUCAUCCCGAAGACGCUGGCCGUGAACGCGGCGAAGGACGCGACGGAUCUGGUGGCCAAACUGCGCGCGUACCACAACGCGGCGCAACACAAGCCCGACCACAAGCAUCUGAAGCACUGCGGUCUGGAUCUGGUGGAGGGCGUGGUCCGCGACAACGUCAAGGCCGGCGUUCUCGAGCCCUCGGUCUCGAAGAUCAAGGCGUUGAAGUUCGCGACGGAGGCCGCCAUCACGAUCCUCCGCAUCGACGACCUCAUCAAACUGCAGGCCGCGCGCGACGACUACGGCGGUGGCGGCGGUUGCUAUGGCGACGACUAG